AGCACUAGAAAAGUCUCCAAAGUGUGUUUUGAUGAGGUGGCUGUCAUGCUGUUUUAGUUUUCCUCCUAAAAAUUGCAUUUAAAUAGUGAAAUUAAAGAGAUUACCCAAUGGCAGGGCAGAAAGUCACAUUUAAAAUCACCCUCACGUCGGACCCUAAGCUCCCAUACAAGGUAUUGAGCGUCCCGGAAGCUACUCCCUUCACGGCUGUCCUCAAGUUUGCUGCUGAGGAAUUCAAGGUGCCUCCGGCUACUAGUGCUAUCAUCACAGAUGAUGGCAUUGGAAUAAGUCCUGCACAAACGGCUGGAAAUGUAUUCCUGAAGCACGGAUCGGAUCUUCGACUGAUUCCCAGGGACAGAGUAGGCAGGAGAAAAGUCUAAGGAAUCCAUAUGGCUCCAGUAUUCCUUUCCUUCUGUCCGUGAGUGUCUGUUUUGUACGCGCUGGGUAUUGUGUUGCAAUAAAUUGGGCUUCAAAUGAGAA